AUGGACCCAUCACUCGAAAGUGAUACAUCGGAAAAAUGCGGAUACAUCAGAGCUAUCACCGAGCCUGAGCCUCAGCAGAAAGCGCCGCGGAAGAGGGGAAAGGCAGGCAAAGCUCGUAAGCCAGCCAAGAAGACGCCGGAUCCUGUGACCCCAGCUCAAUAUCCCAUACGCGUCUCCGAGUUUGUAGAGAUGGCUGAACACAUUGCUUCAUUUGAUCCCAAGAUCGAAGUCCCAGCUGCGCUACAAAAAGUUUUUGACCGAGUGAUCUUAGCUCGGAGCAAAGUGGCUAGUUGGUUCGAGAGAGGGCACUCAACCGAUUACGUCAACAACCACAGGCACUCCUACUUUAUCACCGUUCUGGAAAAGGCGGCAAAACUGCUGAAGCCUCUGAUACCAGAGACGCCAGUAGUUUCUGAGAACAUCAAGCUACAAAACAGGUUCGCCGGGCUUACGGUCGAAGAGACGGACCCACUGGACGAACUCAUCACCGAAGUUAAGGAGAAGCAAUUGCCCAAAGUCGACCCUAUCCCGAUUGAGCAAGACGAGGAGAGUCUCGAGCACGACUUCUUCUUCGCUAUCGCGACAUUUCUUGAGGAGAUCUACGACGUGCGAGCAUGGAUUGUGCGAGAGUGGGAUGAAUAUCGGCAGACAGGUGAAGGUCUCACACGCGCGGCAGUGCUUUCCAAUACGGCCGUCGAUCUGGUGCGAUCUGCUGAGAAUCAAUUCGAUCAGAUGCUCGUUCGUCCCAAGAAGUAA